AUGGGACCUCACAGUUGGGUUGCAACCUCAACGUCCUCUUCAUACUCACUCGACGAAAACACCAUCAGAGAUGGUGAGUACGGUAUGCCGAGCCACUGUUACUGCGGUGGAAGGGUCAUCAGGGAAACGUCUCGCACCGAACAAGACCCUGGGAAAAUAUACUUCUCCUGCGAAUUCCGAGCGCGGGUUUCUGGGGAAGUUGAGAGUCUUCAAACUCACCACCGUGCCGGAAUGGAGGAGUUAAUCUCGGAGCUGAAGGACGGCGAGCUAACAUUCAUCAUCAUGGACAUGCGUAUUGCGGAGAAACGUAUUGCCGACCUGAAGGAAGAACAAGAACAGAGCAAAGCGGAGAUAAUAGGUUGGAGUUGGUGA